CCUCUGUCGGAGGUUUGCAAUAGAACUUCGUAGAUUACAUAGGGGCUCUUGGUUAUCUUUGUUCCUCGGCCGGGUCGGGCCUCCUCACCCACAAUCCUCAACGCCCCUGUUAAGUUAUUCCCAGAUCAAAAACCCGUUGUCAGUACCAACGAGGGUGUUAAAGCUCACCAAUCGGAAUUUUCUUUAUUUUUCUUCAUUUUCGUUUACUUGUAGUUCGUUCUAUUUACGUAAAGAUUAGAUCGAGGAGCAAUGGACGGUUUUAUCAAUAAGCUUCGGAGCCUGGACGCGUACCCGAAAAUCAACGAGGACUUCUACAGACGUACGCUCUCCGGUGGCGUUAUCACUCUCGUCUCUUCCGUUGUCAUGCUUUUGCUCUUCAUCUCCGAGCUCCGAUUGUAUCUUCAUGCAGUAACUGAAACAAAGCUUGUAGUAGAUACUUCCAGAGGUGAAACUCUACGGAUCAACUUUGAUGUCACAUUUGCUGCCCUUCCAUGCUCUAUACUCAGUCUCGAUGCCAUGGACAUAAGUGGAGAGCAACACCUUGAUGUGAAACAUGACAUAAUCAAGAAAAGAUUAGAUGCUCAUGGAAAUGUUAUAGAAUCAAGGCAAGAUGGCAUUGGUGCUCCUAAGAUUGAAAAGCCAUUACAGAGACAUGGUGGUAGGCUCGAGCACAAUGAGACAUAUUGUGGCUCCUGUUACGGUGCAGAAACGUCAGAUGAAGAAUGUUGUAAUUCCUGUGAAGAUGUUCGUGAAGCAUAUCGAAAGAAAGGUUGGGGAAUGUCAAACCCGGAUGUGAUUGAUCAGUGCAAAAGAGAAGGGUUUCUACAAAGGAUUAAAGAUGAAGAAGGUGAAGGAUGUAACAUAUAUGGAUUCUUGGAAGUCAAUAAGGUGGCAGGAAAUUUUCAUUUUGCACCUGGAAAAAGCUUCUAUCAAUCUGGCGUUCAUGUACACGAUCUGCUAGCGUUUCAAAAGGAUAGCUUCAAUAUAAGUCACAAGAUCAAUAGAUUGACUUUUGGAGACUAUUUCCCUGGUGUUGUGAAUCCUCUGGACGGUGUGCUAUGGACACACCAAACACCAAGUGGCAUGUAUCAGUAUUUCAUCAAGGUUGUACCUACAGUAUACACGGAUGUGAGCGGGCACACUAUCCAGUCAAAUCAGUUUUCGGUAACUGAACAUUUUAUUAGUGCUGAACAAGCCCACUUUCAAGCUCUUCCAGGAGUAUUUUUCUUUUAUGAUCUCUCUCCAAUUAAGGUGGGAUUUUCUCGUUAUGGCAAUUUACAAGAAAGGUCAUUCAAAUUUUCAAAGAUAUUUAUGGUUCUGGAACUAUUGUGUGCAAAGUUUUCCUGUCUGAUUCUGGGGCAUGGACUUUUACUUUUGGGCUCAUUUUUCUUGUAUCUGACUUGCAAACUGCAGGUCACUUUCACGGAGGAGCAUAUUUCAUUUUUACACUUCCUAACUAAUGUGUGCGCCAUCAUUGGAGGAGUUUUCACUGUUUCAGGAAUCUUGGAUUCAUUUAUAUAUCAUGGUCAUAGGGCGAUCAAGAAGAAGAUGGAAAUUGGCAAAUUUAGUUGAUGAUCGAUUUGGUUAGCAAUUGCGGCAGUUAUAUUUGGUUGCUUGGCCAGUAAUGGCUUUAUGGAGAGGGAUUAAAUUAAGAGAAGAGGAACCAUGCAAUGGACUCUCUCCAAAUUGUUGAAUGGGCCCCCCCCCGUGUGAUCACAAUUCAUAGCUGAAGAGUUCUCAUAUACGUGUUUGGUCACAGAAGGUUGAAUUCCUUAGUGACAGCUCCUUUUUGCCCAUUUUUAGCUGUUUGUAACUUCUCUGUCAGGUGCUGUUUGGAUAGUGGGAAUUUCUUAAAUACCUCAUGAAUAGUUAUGAUAAGUUUUUGAUAGGGACCUAUUAAGAUCACCUGGUUGAAAGAUUUAUGGGGUCUUUUCGUUUAUUGUCGGCGAGCUAACAGAGGUUUCAAACUGAGACAUGUUGAGGAUAAAUCAAGUUUUUCAAAGUAUAAUUAUGAAUUAUUCUCCUGGUGGAAA